CUUUUACUAUGCUGAAGAAUAUCUUUACUGCAAAAGACGAGAGCCCAGAGGAGCGGGGACACUGGGCCAGUAAAGUGGAGUUUCUUCUCGCUGUGGCUGGAAAUGUAGUCGGCCUCGGGAAUGUUUGGAGAUUUCCUUAUCUUUGCUACAAAAAUGGAGGAGGUGCAUUUUUGGUGCCUUAUUUGGUGUUUGUGGCAACCUGCGGCGUUCCCCUGUUUCUUCUGGAGACUGCAAUGGGACAGUACACCCAGGAAGGAGGUGUCACCUGCUGGAGGAAGCUCUGCCCUUUGGCUGAAGGUAUCUAG